UCCCAGUUUGAGAUCCUUACAUAUCUAUCACUUGAAUAUUCAAAACUCUCUCUUUCCAAUUUCAGAUGCCAGUCUCACAGACUCAGCUAAAGCAAGCAGAAAAAUGGAACUGAAAUCUAUAACUCCAAGUCCCAACUUUUCUCUACCAAAUCCGAGAAUACAACCCGUAAUUCACUUGAAUUCGCUUGAGAAAAUCUCCAUUCGACAUGAAAGUACUAACAAAACCAAAGACGUCAUUGCUUUACCAACCAUGUCUGACAUAUUAUCCUCAUCCAAAGCUCAAAAACUUGACCUCCAGCUCAAAACAGUUGGACCCUUUUUCAGAAUAACAGCUAGGAGUCUUGAAACCAAAAAUGAGCUUGGUAGAGCUGAAGGGCUGAUAAGGGUUUGGUUAAGAGGCAAAAUCCUUCAUUUGGAUUCAAUAAGGUUAAGAAGAGAGACAUUGGGUAUGGAGAAAUCUAUUUUUGGUAUUGGUUUGUUUAUUGGAGCUGUUGCUAUUAGGUAUGGACAUGAUUGUGGUUGUAGGGUUGCUGAGCUGCUCGCCAUUAAUGACUCCGAUCUUUACCAUUCUAAGCUGGUUAGGUUCUAUACAAGAAUUGGGUUCAAGGCUGUGCAUGAAGUGACUGGUUCAACAACUGGAGACCUUGCUCAUAUGUUAGUUUGGGGAGGCGUAGGAACUCGAAUGGAUGCUGAGGUUGAAGAGCUUCUAAUAAAAUGGUGCACUAGAUUCAAACAUCGAAAUUGACUUUAUGAUUGUAGAUUCCAUCUUUGCUAAUGCUGAAAUUCAAUUGAAAUGAAUCGUGCCUGGAUAAAGGCAUUAGCCUAAAGCACUGCAGUAACUUGUAACCUACAUAGGCCUUCUGUAAAUGAGAGAACUUUUCUACCAUGUACUUGCUCUUGAGCUCUGGUGUUGAGAUAAGUAAACUGUUACAUUCAGAUGGCUGGUGAGUGCUUGACGAAGGUACUGCCUCUUGAACUUAUGGCUCAAAUAGUACAUUUAUUUCAACUUGAUAGUUAUUAUAUUGUAAAACAAUUCCCAAGAACUACAGAAAGAAAUAUCAUUGCUUAGAUGCAGAUAGUGUAAUCUCAUGUUUAUAGAUUGCUUCUUGCUCCAA